UUAUUCAGUUCCGUAUAAAUGUCAACUCACCAUAUUUAUCUCACACAAUCAACAAAGACAUAAUUGUUAUUUCAUUAAAAGGACCACAGUUCAAUUCUAUAUCUUCAUAUUUGAUAAUUUUAAUUCCUCAACUUUGCUGUUCCUAUUUCCGAAAAUCCCUUCAACAUUAAUGUGAAAAAAUGGCAGCCCUCCGAACGGCAUGGAACCUGUCAAAGGACAAAACUGCAAAACGAUUGAUUCUUGAACUGUCAAGUAGAGGAGAAACUUCCCAGUGCAUAUUUUCAGUCAACCUUUCAACCUUCCAGUUGCCUUUGUCAAGAAACAGUAUAAGCGAGAAAAAUAUUCUUAAUUGUGAGACAACCCUGGGUCCUGCUUACUUGAGUAAAGCAAGUUUCCACUCCAGUCAACAGCAUAAUAAAGAAGAUUACUACAAAGUCCUUGGAAUCAGCAAAAGUGCUACUGCAAAAGAUAUCAAGAACGCAUAUUACAAGCUUGCCAAAAAGUACCAUCCAGAUGUAAGCAAGGACGACCCUAAUGCUGAAAAGAAAUUCCAGUCUGUCUCAGAGGCAUAUGAAGUGUUGAGUGAUGAAGGGAAACGUCGCCAGUAUGACACGUAUGGGAUGGCGGGCGCAGGAAUGGGCGGAGGAGGGCAAGGACCAAGCCCAGGGGCGGGAGGCUUCACUGGAUUCCAAGGAUUUGACAACUUCCACAGUCAGAUUGACCCAGAGGAGCUUUUUCGUCAGAUGUUUGGUAAUGCUGGAUUUGGAGGGUUUCGCCAGACAAGGAACAACGACUUUGAGGAAAACAUUUGGGGACAUGCUCCAGCUUCAGAGAUUAUGAUGAACAUCUCAUUUCAAGAGGCUUGCCGUGGCGUGAAUAAGGAGAUAGAGUUGAAUGUGAAAAGCACCUGUCAUGCCUGUAACGGGUCAAAAGCCGCCCCCGGGUACAAACCAGAGACAUGUCCACAGUGUCAGGGCACAGGACUGGAGACCAUGAAUACAGGAGUAUUCAUGAUGAGCACUACUUGCCGGAUGUGCCAGGGUCAAAAGAAGAUCAUAAAGAAGCGAUGUGAAGUUUGCCGCGGCAAUGGCAAGGUGCUCGGAAGGAAGAAAGUUGUGGUUGCCAUACCGGCAGGUAUUGAAGACGGGCAAACUGUAAGACAACAUGUUGGUGACCAAGAGCUUUUCAUCACAUUUAAGGUAGGACGCAGUAACAUAUUCCGACGUGAGGGAGCGGACGUCCACAGUGAUGUGACUAUCACUCUAGCACAAGCUGUGCUUGGAGGAACCAAACGUGUGCCCGGCAUUUAUGAGGAUAUACUAUUAAGUAUUCCAGCCGGGACCCAGUCCCAUGACAGGAUGAGACUGAGUGGGAAGGGCAUCAGUCGUGUAAACACAUACGGACAUGGAGAUCACUAUGUACACUUCAAAAUCAAGGUCCCACUUCACCUGAGUGCAGAACAACGGGCAUUACUGUUGGCAUAUGCUGAGACAGAGAGGAAUGUUGAUGGCACGAUUAGCGGGCUGGUUGAUACAAAGUCUGGUCGUAAAGCUGCGGACGAGGGUGGCCUUGUCUCAAAGAUUCGGGAUGCCAUUAACACUACUGGAAAUGAAAACACCAGCACUGAAGAAGGCUCCGACUCUGGUGGCACUAGUGGGACACCUGGUGAGAAUGACUCAGAUUUCAAAUCAUCCGAUACAUCAAGCUCUAAUGAAACUGAAGCUAGCUUGGACAAAGACAGUAAAAACAGUUCAACAAAGAAGACCGACAAGAAAAGUAAAAGUGCAACUGGUUCAAUUAAUGGCAAGAAAAUGGAGGCCCAGUCUGGGGACAAAAAUGACAAGGCCAAACUGGACAAGGCAGAGAAGAAAGUAGGAAAGAUGGCUUGUUGACCUAUACAUUCUUCAGUAAAUCGCACUUCACACUUGAUUUUUGUCCAAAACUGAUAAUCUGCCAGUAAUGAUGCUUGCCUUGCAUCAUUUAUACAAAUAUAUUAAAUUGACAAUCUUUCUAUACCUUUCAUAAAAACCUUAAUAGUGUUCAUCAGAGAUACAUACAUGUUUAUGCUGUAACAUCAUUAUACCAGGAAUACGUAUUUUGGAAUUUCAUGUUCAUAAAAUUUAUUAUUGUCAGUAAUUUUCUAAUCUUGCACGAAUUUCAACUUGCUGUAUGAUAGUGAGGUCUGUCAUUUGAUAUGGUAUGUAUAUUUUAAGAAAUAUAAACAUUUUUAAGAUAAUAAUUUAAUUGUUAACUGUGUGUAUAUUAAGUAUGCUUGUGUAAGUGGUAGUUUUCACUUAGAAACCUGUUUUUAGCUAUAUUUCUGUGAUAUGCAGUCAUCUGUAAAUUGAAGAAUUUAUUAACAGAAAUUGCCUUGC